AUGUCGUACAUAAGGUCACUGUUAGACCAGCAGGAUAGCCAAGAAGACUCUACUGACCCUGAAACAAAUUCUUCGACCUCAUCUGCCGGCUCGGGCCUGCUGUGUGGUCUACAGCACAGCCAAGCCCGGCGCACAGACUCUUUCUUCCGCGAAUCCUUUAACUCCCCGAAGGCCACAGCGCGCUCGACAAACUCACCGCCCAAGAUGGACUCCAGAGUGUCAGUAUACAGUCAGGCUGCAAGUGGCACAACAUUAGAAAAUGACCAAGCUACGAUUACACAACAUUCCAGACCGUUCCUACCCGCAUUGAUGAGCUCCUCCCGGACGCUGGCAAAUCGGAGAAGCGUCGCUACACAGAGAGACCACGAUAGUCAGCCGCCACAGAGCGGCGGAUCCUCGAGUAUGGAAUCAACCCACACACAAGUACCAAGCCCAACAGACACUUUAUUAUCUGAUUCGCGGUCACCAGCUAAAUCGAUAUCCAGCAGAGGCAAGCCCGGACUAAGCAACUAUCGCUUACCGAAUAAUAGCUUUGCAGAAAGCCUUGAGUCCCAUGUGCCUGUGCACCAGCAGAACACAUCUGCAUCGUCCAGCGAUAAUAUGCGAGUAGAUAGUCAUAAAACCAUGCCUGGUUCCUACCUACUUUCGGAUCGCAUCGCCCAGGAGCCCAUCGAGGAAGAACAAGAAAGCGACACAGAUAUGUAUACUACCGCUCGCUACAGCUUUUCAAGCAAAAGAGGGUCACACAUGGCCCACAACGUUCCCUAUGUUUUCCGGACCACCUCAAACUGGGCCACAUUAUCCACGGCCCCCGAUGGAUCUAUCGCUUCUCUAGUUGAAGCCUCAAACAUAAUGCAUGACACGCUAGAAAAUGAAGCUAAGGCUUCGCAAACAAGCAAAAGUUCGCGGCACGCUACCUCUGAACACGGCUCUCCGCAGAAGGAAGCGGCGACCAAAGGCAGCAGGAUAUCGCUGCCACUGCAAUCCCUGCGCAGCAAGAGCGACAAGGGGGAACACACCACGCCGUCCUCCAAGCCAAAAUCGCGGCACGGUAGCCGCGACCUCAACGUGCACUCCAAGGCCGCCAGUGCGAGCCCCGCGAGCGGUCUCGACAGCUCGCCGCAGAGCAGCGCGAUGUCCUCAGACCCCCUUCUCGCGCGGCCCCAGCGAAGCCGCAGCAAAAGCAUGGACUCGGCGGACUACGAACUCCAGCAGAUCUACCAGUACUAUGAGUACAAGGGCAUUCGUCGCCACAUGAUGGACCUAGAAAAGGGCUGCACCACUGUCCGCGAAACCGACAGCGACCAGUUCAGCCCCUCACAGUGGACCAAGUCCACCCUUUUCAGCAUUCCGCGCGUCAUGCUCAUCCUGUUCUUCGGGCUUUUCAUUCCGCCCCUUCUAUUUAUGAUUGGCGGAGGCACGUAUUCGGGCGUCUCCGAUCGCAUUCUUAUAAAGAUGAUCAUUCACAAGGCCCAUCGCCACAAGGCCGACCGUGGCUAUCUCUGGGAUGUCGAUGUACGAUGGUUCCGCCGCCUCGCCAUCGCCGUGGGCGUCGUCGAACUCCUCACCAUUAUAGCGCUGAUAGGCGUGGGCUUCGGCCUGGGCCUCGCCACAGAAUAG